CGGCCACGGUAAAGGCUCGGUAUGGGGCAUUGGUCGAACUGCGUAUGGAAAUAAGUCGGAAGUUCCUUACUUCCUGCUGAGUUGUUGAUCCAACACCGAUGCUUGACAGCCUUUCCACGAAGUGCUCUCUGCUCGAGGCAGAAUAUGGCCACGGUGUUGCCGAGAUGAUGGUGACAGCAGACCAACGGCUCAUAACUGCUCGUUCCGGUUGGAUAGAUUGUGUCAGGUUGAGGGAUUUCUCUCUCAAGGCUGUGUCGUCCACUCUACAUGAGCAAUGGCUUGGCCGCUCUGGAGGUUUGCAUCGUCCCGUGUUCAAAUUGAACCUAGCAGGUCCACCAUAUCAACCAUUGUUGGAUGGGCUCAACGGUGGCGGGGCGAAGAAACAUCCAGACUAUGUAUCAAGGAUUUGUAACGUGAUGGAUAGCUUCCAGUCCUGCAUGAGCCGAGAUAUGCAUCUCUUUUCCUUAACUUGCAACAUGUUGAAUGUGCUGGCAACCGAUCGUCUCUCGACUCCUCUAUUGCAGCCAAUUGACCUUCUGCAACAUGGCUAUCGUGGACCAGGACCAACACGGCAGAAAUGAAGCGGACGAAGGGCGUGGAUAAGGAUUCGACAGGAGGGAAUAGGAAGGCAUGCCGGCCACAUCUGCAGUCUCUCCUUCCAGGUUCCGGACUAUCUUGCCAGGUUCGUGAUAGCCGGCUUGCAUGUGUACGUCGUAUGUCGAGUUCAGAAGCGGGGAUGCGUUGCGAAGUGAUGUCUUGUUGAAUAUUCGCACUCGAGGUCGUCGAGCAUCUCGUCCGUCGAAAUUGAGCAUAAAUACUCUGGUCCUCGCCCUUCU